CCUCAGUGAAAGUUGUGUCUGUCCGCCAUUAGUCCGACAAGCUCCCGCCUCCGAUAGAUUUUGUCAUCUGGGUUCAUCCAAGUCUCACGAGAGGCCAGCGAAGUCAUUUUACCCCCUUGUGAUUCACCGGAAGUCGCAUGUCAAUCCAGAACCUCAAUACUUUCGACCCCUUUGCUGAUGCAGCACGUGGGACAGAUGAGGGUGUACAAGAUGGCCUUGUGCAUAUAAGAAUUCAGCAGCGCAAUGGCCGAAAAACUCUUACUACAGUUCAGGGUCUAUCUGCGGACUAUGAUCUGAAGAAGAUCGUCCGUGCUUGUAAAAAAGAAUUUGCCUGUAACGGCACAGUGGUUGAACAUCCGGAAUACGGUGAGGUGUUGCAGCUACAAGGUGACCAACGUGAAAAUAUCUGCCAAUUCCUGACAAAAGUUGGGCUUGUGAAGGCAGAGCAGAUUAAGGUGCAUGGUUUCUAAUGCCUGCUCCCACUCGUCAUCUUUACUACAAAAACAACCA